AUGUCGGAUGAGUUGAUUGAACUGAUAAGAAGCACUCUGAUCAACUUCAGUGGCAGGUCUGAGAGGACGAACAGCAGUGACACACCUCUGAGGAGCACUUUGAUGUCAAACAACAACCACUUGUUCGAACAUGCCUGCGUCUACUUGGACAAGGAAGAGAUUGAGUGGCAGUGCAUCGACUGGGUCUUCCACUUCCUCCUCAACAAGCAAAUGGGGAACUAUCCGGAGCAUGUGGCCAUCGUGCUGACCAGGCUGGUCAGGCAGAAGGUCAUGGAGGACAUGAGCAACAUUAGCAGCGGCAUCAUCCUGAAGACUCCUGAUGGCAAGGAAAAAUAUUCGACUGAAUUGUUUGAGGACCUCGUUGUUAGCACGAUGAAGGACGUGGGCAGGAAGUAUUUCGAGGAGCUCCUCGCCAGGAAUGCUGCUGGGAAGGUUGACGAGGAUGAGGAGGAGGAUUGUGGAUAUGUUGAUGGGGAUGUUUCCGUUCAUGCAAUAAAGAACACUAGGCGCAAGAUGGAGGACAAACAUGUUGUCAUGCCAUUCUUCAGUCAACUCUUCAAUGUCAAGUGCCACAGAUUUAGGAAUUUUAGAUCUGCGAUUUGGAUCCAGCUGUUGCGUGGUUUCAAAUUAUUGCGUGGUUUCAAAAUGAAAUGGGUAUAUCUACCAGCCGAGACCUCAUCCCGCAGACUGGUGACACACUCAGUAUCAUAUAACGCCCAGAUAAUCCACGGCAACUACAGAUUCUACGCCGUGUUUGAUGGACAUGGAGGGGUCGAGGCGGCCAACUACUGCUCAACCCAUCUUGUCGGCCAUCUUGCCAGAUGCAUCAAAGACAUCGAAGAAGGCAAGGUAAUCGUGAAUUGUUCGUUUUUCAUUUUUAUUUUUGUAUGUUUGAAACUCGUUGUGUCACAUCCUGUUGAUUUGUUCGUCUGA